AUGGACAGGCAGUUGCUCCUCUUAAAUCCACAAAAUUUGCAGAUAUGGGAUUUGGCGCUUAAACUGUUUCGAGAAGAUGUGAUUACUCGAGAAAAAGUUCAGUCCCGUCUUUUAUGUCAAAUACUGGAAGAAAUACACAAAGAAAGAUGUGGGGAAGCUAUUGAUCGACAGCUUCUGCGUACUGUCAUUAGAAUGUUAGUGGACUUGAAGCUGUAUGAUUCAGUAUUUCUUAACGAAUUUCUGCGUAAAAGUCAACAGCUGUAUACCUACGAAGCAGAUUCUCUAUCUAGACAGCUUAGUGUUCCUGAAUACCUACUUCAUGUAGACAAAAGGAUUAUGGAGGAGGAAGACAGAUUAGUUGUAUAUUUAGAUGCCAACUCUACCCGCAGCCUCCUCAUUUCAACGCUAGUUUCAGAAUUGUUAACGCGCCCAUUAGACUAUCUAUUGGAUAAUGGUUUGGUCAAUCCUUUAAAAACCAAACAAACAGCACAGUUAUCGUUAUUCUAUUCCUUAAUUUCAAGAGUUCCAAAUGGUAUUGAUAAACUACGGACACACUUCCGUAAUUACAUUAUACAAAUGGGGCGUGAAAUAGUAGAAAACCCAUUACAGGACGUUGAAAAGGAUCGUGCUAUGAUUCAGAAUCUACUGGAUUCACGUGACUUCCUUUCAGAAAUUAUAGGGUCAUGCUUCGCUAAUGACUCCAGUUUUAUGCGAGUUUUGCAAGAAGCGUAUGAAGAGUUUAUCAAUCAACGUCCAAAUAAACCGGCUGAAUUUUUAGCUAAAUAUCUUGAUUCCCACCUUAGAUCAGGAAAUAAAGCUCAAACAGAAGAGGAGUUAGACAAACUAAUGGAUAAAGCUAUGAUUUUGUUCCGUUUCAUUGAUGGAAAGGAUAUAUUUGAAGCAUUUUAUACUAAAGAAUUAGCAAAACGUCUUCUUCUCAACAAAAGUGCAUCGGUUGAUGCAGAGAAAGCGAUGUUAUCAAAACUAAAACAGGAAUGCGGGCCGAAUUAUACACGCAAAAUGGAAAUUAUGUUCCAAGAUAUUGAAUUAAGUAGACAGUUGAGCAAAAAUUUCCGUUUUUCACUGCCUGACAGUUAUGCGAUUGAAUUGAGUGUGAACGUCAUCUGCCCAGCAUCAUGGCCACCGUAUCCACAAACAACAGCCAAUUAUCCUCCUGAAAUGGUAUCGCUUCGAGAAGAAUUUACUCGCUUCUAUUUAUCGCAUCACCAAGGUCGAAAAUUGAUCUAUGAGCCAUCAUUAGGAAUGUGUGUUGUAAAAGCGAAAUUCCCAACAACGCCUAACCUCCGCAAAGAAUUACAAGUGUCUGAAUUUCAAGCCUUAGUAUUGCUACAAUUCAACCAGUCUGAUAAUGUACCGAUCACUUAUGCUACGAUAGCUGAAAAUACAGGUAUUGAAGAAAAGGAAUUGAAACGAACUCUGCUGUCAUUAGCUGCUGGAAAGGGACAACGUGUAUUAUUGAAAAAUCCAGCCAAUUUGGAAAUUGAAAAUGACCAUGAAUUUAUCUUCAAUACUGAGUUUUGUCAUCGCCUGACACGAAUUAAAUUCAAUCAGAUACAAUUAAAAGAAACUGAACAAGAACAAACGGCUACUGAAGAACGAGUAUUUGCUGAUCGUGUUGCCCAUGUGGAUUGUUGUAUUGUACGCAUUAUGAAAACACGUAAAACUAUUGAUCACAAUUCAUUGUUAUCAGAGGUCUACAAACAAUUACAAUUUCCGCUUAAAGCAAGUGAUGUGAAGAAACGUAUUGAAAAUUUAAUUGACCGUGAUUAUAUGAAAAGAGAUGCUAGUAAUGCUGCCACGUAUCAUUAUGUCUCCUAG